AUGGGCGAAAAUCAGAUAAUAAGUGAUAUGAGAAGAUGUUUAAAUUGCAUUGAGACUGUAAAAAAUCAAUAUCUAUUGCUCUCGUCAAUGACUAAAAACAACGACAUCGACGCAUUACUCGAUAAUUGCGAAAUGCCAGCUUUGUUAUAUACUUGGAUACAACAACUAAAAGUGGAUAUAAAGGAAACAGAAAUUGUCAAUAAUUUGUCUUCUUAUCUGCGUAAAGUGGAAAUGGAAAGAAAUCAACUUCAAAUGGAAAAUCAACGCUUAGAACUAGAAAAUGUUUAUCUCAAAGAGGAUUUGCAUGACACUCAGCAGAAAUUCAGGAUUUCUGAAAAAGCUGUAGCCCAGUUAGAAGAAGAAAAUAAACAUUUGCAGUUUCUUUUGUCAUUAACAAUGCACGAGGACAACGAUAAGGGCAUCGUAACAAUAAUGGAAACUGAUGAUGACAAACUGAAGGAUAGAAAAACACUGCACAAUACAACGUUUCAUAAUGAAGACGAUUUUCAGAGUAACUCCACCGACCUCAUCAAUUUAUCGCCUUUGAAAGCAGAGAAGCAGAAAAAUGAAAUAUCAGUCGAAUUAAUAUCACAGCGCUUGAAAGCUCUUCACAGCGUUAUAUCACAACAGGGUUGCCAAAACAACGAUGAAAUGGCAUGUAAAGGCAAUGUAGAAGAAAUCUACAUUUACAAACGAACGCACAUAGCUGCCAUGUUAAAUAUCAUAGCGUUAAUACACAGGGAUCUGUGCAAUUACGAAGAAGCCGCUCAGCUAUUAAAUGAAGUUCUUGAAUUACGACUGGACCACUACGGAGAGCAUCAUAUAGGAAUUGUGGUCAUUUUAAAUACUUUAGCCAAACUAUACGAUAAAUGUGAUAUGGACGAAGCGGCAGAAGCCGCUAAUAGAAAAGCUUUACGUAUAAAAGAAGAAAUACGACAGAGGAAUGAUUUGCAAUCAAUGACAUCGCAAGCAGGACAAACUGACCAAUUGUCUUAUGAGAUAUUCACGGAACAGAAUCAAGAACAUUUGAAUCCGAUUAACAAUACUCGUCUGCAGUUGCUGUCCACCGAAAUCACCAAAUCGUCUACAAGAUCGUGA